UGGGUGUCUUUGUGCAUGUUAAUUGUACGUUUGUGAACCCCCUAGUGGGAGUCCUUUUAAAAAAUAAAGUAUUAAUCACACCAGCUUAUUUACCACUUCAAGAUUCUUUCCUUCACAGAAAUAGUCACACUCCCCCCCCCCCCUUGGUAACAUUUUUCACAAAUCACAGGUACAUAGUGUACAUCGAAAGUAAAAGUUCAUUGUAACUGUACAAACAUGAUCAUUAGUGAGGUACUUUUACUGGAUCCCCUAAUGUCGGUGCAGAGCUUAUCUGGAAGAAGACAUCGCGAGAAUCAUAAGCGUGAAAACGGUACAAAUUGUUUGAAUAUAGAUAUAACAAUGUCUAGAACAGGCAAAUACUCAGUGGAUCGGACAGACAGAGUGGAGUUUUGUAAUAAAGAAAGUAGGAAUUGAGUCUAGGCUAAGUUAACGAUUCACAAAACUUUUCUAGACUGGUCUACCGUUACGAUGAUUGAGACAGCUUCAAUAACUCAGGUAUGGUAGGUUGAUCUUGGUGUUGAAGCAAUAUUUUUAUAAUACUAAAUUCGAGUUUAAAUGACUUUUCAUUUUAAUUAUCAUCAGCUGUUGACCAUUUCUAUCGAGAGGUCCGAAAUAUUGUUUUGUAUUAGAGUAUUGCUUUUUUGAGAAAUUUGUUUAAAUAUUUGUUAGAACUUACAGUGUAACCGUGCCCAGUCUAAACAUGUUUUAGAGUACUACAUACUACAACAUACAAAUAGCGUAGAAGGGAAGUUUUUAAGACGCUUUUUCGUAAGAGAUUCGUAGCUUCUCAAAUUUGCGGUCCAUUAAUUUCUUAUUUGCCACCUCUAAACGUUCCUUACUCUAUCUACAAUAAUUUCACGAGUCUCUAAGUUGUAACAUUCAUUUCAUUGUCUCCGCCAACAUGCGGAAACUCGCUGUGGUCAUGCACAUUGAUUUCCUGCACCAUUUUAAAUGAAUUCAACAUAAAAUGGUCCCAAACGCUCUUGGAGUUCAGCGCGAGACUCACAGUUUAUUGGCUUAAUUAAAAAUGUGAUUUUCUUCAAAAUGUCUACAGUGUUCUUUGUUUUGUGUUUUCUGGUGAUUUCGGUGAAUAGUGAUGAGAGGAGGAGGGAUGGAGGCAGACAAGGGAGGUUUAUCUCCUUCAAUGUGAUUGAGGAAGAUAUUAGAGUAGAUUUGGCAUUCAAUAUUCCAUUCCUGACAAUACCGGUGAAGAAGACCGUGAACUCUGCAUUUGGACUUCUGGAUUUCCCAACAAUCAACAUCAACCCAGCCUCUUUGGCACUUGGAGGGGCGGUGGUCCUCGGCACCAGCGUCGUCAUACCAUUCCUGUUGAAGAGCUUCGUCCAGGAUACAAACUAUAGAUACGCAAGAAUUCUCGAGAAUGCCGAGUUCAGCACUGAUGCUGUAUUAGACUUCGCGAAUCAGAUGCUCUCGAACACCCAAGGGUUCAGAGGCUGUCCCUUAAGAGUCGCAUGCUGGGCAGCCCAGCUAGACAUCACAGACCAAAGGGAGAUAAUGAACCAAAUUGUAAAUAACAAGCUCCUGUCAUCAUUAGUGAACUCCUCAGCAGUGGAAGACGCCAUGGUCUCCGGGAGGCACGGGCGCAGCUGCAGCAGCUUCGGGCCCUGCCCGCUACAGGAGCACCACCUCCCAGUGAUCAUGAGGAACCUGGCAGCCUUCACUAAUAGGAAAGAUGUUGACUAGGUUGUAGAUUAGCCGUAUUUAUUUGUAGUGUAGUUUUUGAUCUUAGCUUUUGGAUGGUAUUUAGCCAAUAUUUAGCUCUUUAAUGCUAAAAUUUGCUGAUAAAGACGUACCGGUAAAAUGGGGUGAAUAGAGACAUUUGAGAGGAUUGAGUAGAAUCUAAUUUUUAUUUGACCUUUUUAAUAAGGAAAAUAAAAUUAUUCUAUGAAGAUUCUGCAGCAUUUCAUAAAAUAAUUAUUUUGUAUUUAAUCAGUCUUUUUUAACCAAACGCAAGACGCACCCAAAAGAGUACUUUUUUCUAUUAACCCCUUGAAGCUCUGUUCACCCUAUUUUAUUAUACCCUAUUCGGCACAGUACGUAGAUGAAAUUAUAGGUUGCUUUUAUAAAACCAGACACUAAUUUACUUUGUUAGCCAAAUAGUAAAAAGAGAAUUAACAUAAAUAUUUCACUCUGUUUUCUUACAUGUUUUUAGUGCCUUCAUAUUUCUAGACUCCUAGUAUUUGUGAAAUACCUUUGUGCAUUUAGAGGUGCGUGCUUUUGUGAUUUAAUUUUAUAAUUUUAAAUAUAUGAUUGAAAUAAUAAUAUUAUGUAAUUAACAUAUUCAUUAGCAAUUUCGUAU